GCCCUCCCUCCCUCCCUCCCUACCACCUAUGCUCUAUCGAUGUACAUACACAGCUCGCUCCAUCAUAUGUAAAUUUUCAAAGACCACACACAAAGACCACACACAAACCACACACAAACCACAACCGCAUACCACAACCACCAACUAAUCAUUAUUAUCAUCGUUAUUAUUUGUCGUGCUUCAAAACUCCAACCCCCUAUUCAUCAUCCCAAAACAAUCAAUUAUUUAUCGCAAAGAUCACAACCCCAAAUAAAUCCCUUCCACAAUGUACCCAAUAUCUACUGUAAACUUUAUAAUCCUUUAAAUUUCCAAUUCGGGCCCAUCUUGUCAAGAUCCCGCCAAUCUUCCCAUUCUUGUUUGCGUAGGUAGUUAGUUCUAAACUUUUUUAUCCUGAGACGCUUUCUUUGUUCGAAUGUGUUUGCGCCUGCCUCUGCCUAUCCUAUCCUUUGCGCCAACCUCAUUAUCCCAUACAUUCGAGAACGAGAUCAAUCCAGCGAGACGCCAAAACUCAUCAUCGUCAACAAAUGAACCACCGGCGGAAGAUUUGAAAGAGAUAUCGAGAGUGCAGCUCGUGGGGUCAGUAAGGGUGUAUAUGGUGGUGGUGGUGCUGCUGCUACUCCUGCUGCUACUCCUGCUCCUGCUCCUGCUCCUGCUCCCGCUCCUCUCUCCACUGGACAACGAGUCGCAAAUAUGGACCUUCGUUCAAUCAUCAAUACGGAAAAUGGCGAAGGGGCUCGAUCGAAACAGAAUGCGCCGGCACCAGUUACUCCAAUUCAAACGGGUCCCCCAUCAGGACAGGGACAGCAAAUCUACAGGAAUUACAGUCAUUCGUCGCAAGUCUCGCCAGGUCCGGGCAAACAUGGCUCACAAUCACAAGAGUACGGUUCACAGAAUGGUGGGCCUUAUGCAUCGCCAACUACCUAUCAAUCAACUCAUCUAAAUCGACCGCCUCCUCCUACUCCCAUUCAAGCUCCUCCUCCGAAUGACCUUCGUUCUCCAACAGAUUCUUAUUCGGCGCCCUCGCCUUAUCGGCAUACUCCUACUUCAUCAAUAAGCAUUGUCGGGAGUGGACAAUACCCGUUCCCGCAAAGUCUUCAAAAUCCACAAAGUCCUGCUCAACGUCAUCAGUAUCCUCCUCCAACUUUUCACCACUCGCAAAGAGAAAGUUACUCGCAGUCUAAUCCCGCUCCUCAUUUACAACAACAAUAUAAUUCACAGAUCCAACCAUCGCCAGUUCCACAAACACCUCCGAUUGGAAUACCAGGGGCUAAUAAUCACUAUUUUCAACAUCAAAGAUCACAAUCUUCACUUUCGAAUUCUACACCCACGUCAGCGCACAGUCAGCAGCAGCAGUAUCAAAAUCAAUUCACUCAAGAUAGUCCCAUACACACGAAUCAAUUGCCACCAAAUCAAUUUCCGAUUCAGUAUCAACGGCAACAAUCUCAACAUUCUCAGCACUCUCAGCCCGGAACACCUUUAGGUCCUCCUUUAGGUCCUCCUUUAGGUCCUCCUUUACAAACACAACGCCAAUCAUCCGGCGCAUUCACACAACCUACUAGUCCUUAUCAGCAACGAGCAGUACCCGCGAAUCCGUUCAACCGUACUCAAUACAAUCAAACCUCUCCUGCGCCAGCGAACGCUUCGAUUCCACCUCGAAUGCCAACUACUCCACAGAGUUCUUACGACUCUCAAAGAACCUCAACAAGCUCCUCGCAACAGAGAUCUUUGAUCGAACGGGAAAGAAGUCUCAGUGUCAGUCCCAAAACGCGUUUACCUAGUCAGACAAGGGGAAAUUCAAUGGUCCAACAGCAGCCGGAAGAAUUCAAUCAUUCUACAAAACGUAAAUUGGAAGAUCGGGAAAUGUCUUUCGAAGCACCUCAACGAAUUGAGCAAUAUGAAAUGAAACCACAAAUCAAUGGCGAUCAUCGAUCUAGCUCUACCGCUGCUCCUUCUCCUCAGCAAGCACCGCCCAGAAAGAAGAUUCGUUAUACUGAACCACCAAUAUGGGCCCGGAGUGCCAAGGGAGUAAAGGGUCUAGGCCGUAAGAACAUCAACGGAAGACAGCACACUCCUCAGCCAUCCGCCCAGGGUCUACCAGCUACACUAAUUAAGCAAGAAAGUAAUGGCAUGCGUCAGGCAUCACCAGCAGUUCCUCGACCUGUCACAGGGAAUGAUUAUGAUUGGGAUGGUCCUCUCGGUCCUUGGGAGCCGAGCAUAUCUGGCACAAAACCUCCUGCGGAGAUAACGAGACUAGUGGCAGACUUUCUUUACAUGCACGUUGUUAGUCGAGAAGAUACCGGAGAGUUAGCCAGUCAUGGUGUGGAAAUUGAAAUUGAAGCAAAGCUCGGGCAACUUGUCAGUAAGGAGACCAACGUGAGAUUGAGUCUGCCAGUUCGAUCGGAAACAGUACUUUUGGAUAAUCAAUUUGUUGCAUUCAAAAGUACAAUGACAGAGGCCCAGCAUAGAGGAUUGAACGAAUUCUUGAAUAAAAAAGUUCAGGAAUGCAUGCCAGCUAAUAAUAGUCAGUCGAAACGACGUGUUAAGAUUGAUUACUUACAUCGACGUGAGACGGAUAAAUUUUAUGAGCUUCCUUCUGCAAUGCAUAGCACUCUACCUCCUGCUCUACGGGCCUUACUUAAUCCACGUUACUCUGUCAAAGUUCGUGUUACACAUGAUCAGAAGACUGGUGAACCUCUGGCCAAGAUUAUCAAAGCUCGAGUAGCAGAUCUGGAUCUCUACUUCCCUAGUCAAGCACUCGAUUGUCGAAUUAGUAUAAACUUUGAAAUGAAGUUUGAUGGGAAUGUAGAAGAACUUAUUGCUUCAAGUGAUGGAGCUCAAAGACCGGAUCGCAACAAGGAUCGUUUGAGUUAUAGACAAUCGCAUUAUCAAGUGGACCUCACUCAAGUUACACAAAACUUGGUAUCAAAUGGUGUAUCUCGAACUGAAAAAGAACAUGAGCUUGAAAUCGAACUCUCAGCAGCAGCUGUUACUGAUCAAGGUACUAAAGCUAGAAACGGCGAACCAAAUGAUUAUUUCAAGCUGGUGGAUGGUUUCAUAGAUAAUGUUCGAUUAUUGGCCAGAACAGCUAUACCAAUUUAGACAGUUCUGGUGAGACUCGUUCUUCGGACCACAUGAGAUCAAACACCCUAUUUUGUUUAUGGUGCUUUACUUUUACAUCAUGGCGUUUGGGAUUGGGGAAAAAAUCAAAUGGGACACAUAAUGGGUAUGUGGAAAAGAACGCAAUGAUAUUUUGGUGGUAAUUUCUUUUUUUCAACGAAAGGCAAGAGUAGUCUCCAGAUUUAUUUCUUGCCAAUAUUCUAGCUGCAUUUCGGAACAUCAUUGGCUGGUUGCACAUGGAAGGAAAUAGUAAUUUGGUUUUGAAGAAAUGGAGGCUUUCUAUGUUGUCAUUAUUAUUCUUGUUAGGAUGGAUUGGGAGGAAUUGGGAGAGACUGAUCUGGGGAUGAUGACUUCUGAUGAUGGGAUGUGUAGAUGAACAAAAGGGGUGAAAGGCAGGAAGGAGACUUGCUAUGCUUGAUUGAUAGCUAGCACGAUGAUAUGAUCGCUAGUUUGAUCCAAUACUAUGCCAUGCAUACCUAGGUAGGUGUGUAUAUAUGGUUUGUAGAUUUUAAAUGUAAUAAUGUAUGUUAUGUAUUUGACA